CUCGCCCUCCCCCGGCCCGGCGUGAGUGACAGGUACGACAGCGUCGCGAACACGGCGACGGGCGACCUAACACAGACGCGACCCUGCGGGUUCGUUCUGUUUGUGGCGUUGAACGUGAUGCAAUGCUCUGUUUUCGCGAACGUAACGCCGCCCACGACAGCGACACCGGCAGACGGGAAGCGAGGACGGAACCCACGGGUGUAGCCUAGCUCGCUCGCCGGCUAACUAGCUCGCGGUAUGUGUGGAGCGGUAGCCAUUGUUUGAGCUGUUGGCUAACAUGGCAACGUCGGCUAAGGACAGCAGCGUCGGCUAGACGGGAAGCUCGCCGCCUUGUAAUUCACGGCCACACUAUUGAAUGUUUGAGUGAUGCUGGCAGACAGUGUGAAUAAACACGUUUUUUUUUUUUGGGCUGUGUGCAUCCAGUUGCUGCACUGCAUCAGAUUGAGCUGUUCCGAAUUAUUCUUUCCCAUCUCAGUUGUGGUCAUCCCACACGAUGAGUGACGGUCCCCCAGCCAGGAAGCACAGCCUGCCCCUCUCUCCCACACCUUGGGCCACACCUCCGCUUUGGCUACCCUCCUAAAGCCCCCCCCCCCCCAUCUACCGCCUCCCUCCCCACCAGCCGAGAUGACCGACAGGAAGGAGCCUCCCUUCUUCAACGAUGACCGCGUGGGAGGUUUCCAUCACAAGAUUCCUCUGUACGACCCCAUAGAGCUGUUCAUCGAAACCCUGACCGGGACGUGUUUCGAGUUGCGCGUGUUGCCCUUCGAGGCCGUCAUCUCAGUCAAGGCAAAGAUUCAAAGACUCGAAGGCAUCCCAGUUAGCCAGCAACACCUCAUCUGGAACAACCUGGAGCUGGAUGAUGACCACUGUCUCCACGAUUACGGGAUUGCGGAGGGCUGUACUCUGAAGCUGGUCUUAGCCAUGAGGGGAGGUCCAAUCAACACCAGAAGGGUAACUAUGGAGGAUCCCGUGAAGGAGGCGGCGGACUCGAUGGAGGGCACAAAGGAGGAAGGUUGGGAGAAGACUCCGGCCAACAAGCAAGUCACGUUUGUUGUCUACCGCGAAGGCGACCAGCUCAACUUUUUCCGGGUGGUGGACAGGGGAGACGGUUCCCUUACGCCUCUAUCGGAAUCCCUCAGCGGCGGCUCCGUUUACAUGUGCACCGAGGAGGACGGCGGCGGCGUCAGCGGAGAGCGCUCUGCCGCUGCGGCGAGCCUGGAAAACUCUAUCACCAUGAAUAAAAUGAAGCUGCUCAAAGCCAAGAUGGAAGACAUGAACAUCAACAAGAAGCCGAAGAAGACGAGUAAGGCAAAACCGCGCCCCCCUGUCGGUCUCCAUCCCUGCGGCGGCGGGCCAACGCCUUCCAUCACGCGAAUCCAUCAGCGCCUCUUGCGUUCGCUCCCCCAGAUUAACCAGUCUCGCCAGUUCAGUGGGCAUCUACCUCCCAUAGCGGACCAAGAACUCCCGUCGCCGCACGCCGCCGCUUCCCCUUCUUCCCAGUUGCCCGUCCCGAGACGGCCGCCUCCCUCGUUCCCCUCGUCGUCUUGCUACAUGCUCCAGGAGGAGGAGCCGUGGGAGACGUGCCCGCCUCUGGCAAAGAUUCGGCCCCCUCCCAAAGUCUCCCGCUUGGACAUCGGCGGCACCAGGCUGAUGAGGGACUGCGUCUACCCGCAGCUCCCUCCGCUGUGCACCAGGAAUUCGCCCGAUGCCACGUUUGACCCGCUCAAGCCGGUCGGCGAGGCGGUCGGGGUGAGUUUAUUAGACGAGGCCGGCGGGCUGGUGGCGCCAUCCCACACCGCCGCUUCGUUCGGCGAGCUGGCGGACCCCCUGAGUCUGGACCUGUCCCCUCAGUCGGAGGAAUCUUGCCGAGCUUUUGAUGUCGGGGCGCCGCACCAGCUGCCGUUGCCCCCCUCCCCUCUCAGCACUUGGACGCUCGGGAGCGGCGGCGACACGCUGACCAGCAGAGCGGAUGUAACACAGCUUAGCGCUUCCUUUCAUUUAAGCCCGCCGUCGCCCGCCCCCACCUCCCCGAAGCCACGUUUCCAGCCUUUCGACGGCACGCUCCCCCUUCAGGUACUCGGCGCGGCACAGGUGAAGCCGACCACCCCGUCCCCCCUCCCGCCCGUGAUGUCCGGUCACGGCGCGCGCCUAAGGGGCGUUCAGGUGGAGUCGCCCGGCAAGACGCCCGAGAUUCUCUCCAAGAGGGAAGCCAGAGGCAUCACCAAGAUGGCCAGCCAAGCUUGUCGUGAGCAACUGGGCUCCCUGAGCAACUCGGCGCUCUUGGCGUCUCUCUCCGCCAGGCCCGUGAACGCAAGGAGAGCCGGGCUUGGCGUCCCCCUGCCCCCCGCUACUCCCAUCGCACAGGGGAUCCUGGGCUCCAGGCUGCCGGGCCUCCCGCAGGAGGCCGCCGCGCGACAUCGAGCAACGGCCUCCUCGGCCAACAAAUGUCUUGGGUCCAGCGGGGGAGUCAUCCCUCCAUUCGGGAGAAUUGGAACUCCGACAUACCACCUACCUCCAGUCAAGGCCCCUGCGGGCGCCAAGAAGAAGAGUUCCAAGCACUGCUUCCUUUGCGGCAAGAAGACCGGCCUGGCCUCCAGCUACGAGUGCAGGUGCGGCAGCAACUUCUGUGCCACUCACCGCUAUGCAGAGACGCACGACUGCUCGUACGACUACAAGGGGACGGGGAGGCGCUUCCUGCAGGACGCCAACCCGCUCGUCAGUGCCCCCAAGCUGCCCAAGAUCUAAACAGUCCCUUACUAAAAACUUACUAAGGAGGAGACUCGCUCAACCCGGACGGAUAUUAUUCACCGACGUGCGCAUUGGAUUUUUUGGAUUUUUUUUAUGUCCCUCUCUCGGCCACGGUGAACUCUCCUGUGAAAACGUGUGGACAAACAGCAGAUGAUCAAUGUGAAAGUGUUUCUGUUGUUUUGUUUGUUCAAUGAGCCCAUCCAAGUCUGUGCAUGUACGCUGGUUAUUUUUGUGCAAAAUAUCUGCUGCAUGUUCAGACCUUGAAAAGAAAAAGCUGAUGGAUUUCCAUUGGACACGUCUUGGCCAGAUGCACUUUAGAAAGAUCAUAUUUAAAACUUUUAUUCUGGCCCAACGGGUCUUUUUUUAUUGUCAUGUAUGUUGUCUUUUUAUUUUUGAAUUGUAUCUGCCCCUGAAAUGUCUUGUCUUGUUACGGGCACAUACACGUGACCACAAACAAACAAACUCCAUCGACGUGUGUGUUUUAUGAUAUUUAUUCACGAAAUAUUUAAAUUCAAGUAUGCAGUCUGUCUGUUUGAAUGCCGGUUGUAAUUGUGUAUAAUUGAGAGCGGGGAAGACAAAUGAAAUCGGAUAUUUCAAUGUCCUUAGCAAGAUAACGUGGUUGCCAUAAGAAUCUUUUGUAUUUUUUUUUUUAUUAAAUGCUCAGCCGUUGCAAAAAUCUCCAAGCUGUCAUAUUUGCAGGGGUUUGACUUCAAAUAAAUUUUCUUUCCAAACCUUCAGAAACAA